AUGGCAUCCCCGAUCCCGCGCGGCCUCAAACAGGUCCUCCAGAAGACACCCAACGACAUCGUGAUCCUCUCCUCGCUGCGCACACCCGUCACUCGCGCCAAGAAAGGCGGUUUUAAGGACUCCUACCCAGAGGAGCUGCUGUCCAACGUACUGCGCGCCACCCUCAAAGCCAACCCGAACCUCGACCCAGCCCUGAUCGACGACGUGACCAUCGGCUCCGUCCUACAAGAGCUGGGAGGCGCCAAGGCAGGCCGCAUGGCCCAGAUCCACGCCGGCUUCCCGCACUCCGUCCCUUUCAACACCGUAAACCGCCAAUGCUCGUCCGGCCUCGCAGCCAUCACGACAGUGGCAAAUGGCAUCCGCGCAGGCGCUAUCAACGUCGGCGUCGGCGGUGGCAUGGAGUCCAUGACCCGCAACUAUGGCUCGCGCGCGAUUCCCACCGUCCUCUGGCCCGAUCUGAAAGAGUCACACUCCCAGGACGCCCGCGACUGUAUCAUGCCCAUGGGACUCACGUCCGAGAACGUGGCUGAGCGGUAUGGCGUCUCGCGCGCUGACCAGGAUGCCUUCGCGGCGGACUCGCACCACAAGGCUUCCGCCGCACAAGCCGCCGGAAACUUCGAUUCCGAGAUCGUCCCCGUCACCACCAAGUCCUUUGACCCCGAGCAACCCGAUGCCCCGGCCAAGGAUGUGACUGUCAGCGCGGACGACGGCAUCCGGCACAACAUCUCAGUCGAGAAGAUGGCCGCGCUCAAGCCCGCGUUCAAGGAGAACGGCGCCAGCACAGCUGGCAAUAGUUCGCAGGUGAGCGACGGCGCUGCGGCCGCGCUGUUGAUGCGCCGGUCUACCGCCGACGCGCUCGGCCUGUCGGGCAACAUCAAGGCCCGCUGGGUCGCCACCGCCGUGGCGGGGUGUGCGCCUGACGAGAUGGGCGUCGGCCCCGCCGUGGCCAUUCCCAAGCUCCUUGAGAGUGUCGGUGUCACGGUUCCCGACGUGGGUGUAUGGGAAAUCAACGAGGCCUUCGCCUCGCAGGCGCUGUAUAGUAUCCGCAAGCUGGGCAUCGACCAGGCUAAGGUGAAUCCUAACGGUGGCGCUAUCGCUAUCGGACACCCUCUUGGCGCGACUGGUGCUCGCCAGCUGGCUACUCUAUUGCCGGAGUUGGAGCGCAGUGGUCAGCAGGUUGGUGUUGUCAGUAUGUGCAUUGGUACGGGGAUGGGUAUGGCGGGUAUGUUUGUUCGGGAGUAA